AUGCUCGCUGGCACUGGUGAGCCGAGACAGCUCACUGGCGCGGGUGAGCUGAGACCGCUCGCUAGCACGGGUGAGCCGAGACAGCUUGCUGGCGUGGGUGAGCCGAGACCACUCGCUAGCACGGGUGAGCCGAGACAGCUCGCUGGCGCGGGUGAGCCGAGACCGCUCGCUAGCACAGGUGAGCCGAGACAGCUCGCUGGCGCGAGCGAGCCGAGACCGCUCGCUAGCACGGGUGAGCCGAGACAGCUCGCUGGCUCGGGUGAGCCGGGACAGCUCACUAGCACGGGUGAGCCGAGACCGCUCGCUAGCACAGGUGAGCCGAGACAGCUUGCUGGCGCGGGUGGGCAGAGACCGCUCGCUAGCACGGGUGAGCCGAGACAGCGCGCUGUUGUGGGCGAGUCAAGACCGCUCGCUAGCACGGGUGAACCGAGACAGCUCGCUCGCGCGGGUGAGCCGAGACAGCUCACUAGCACAGGUGAGCCGAGACAGCUCACUAGCACGGGUGAGCCGAGACAGCUCACUAGCACGGGUGAGCCGAGACCGCUCGCUAGCACAGGUGAGCCGAGACAGCUCGCUGGCGCGGUUGGGCCGAGACCGCUCGCUAGCACGGGUGAGCCGAGACAGCGCGCUGGCGCGGGCGAGUCGAGACCGCUCGCUAGCACGGGAGUAUGCAACUUUAAUGCUAAACAUGGUUGCUUGAAACGAACAGUGGUCGGCGAAUAUAGUCAUAAAUCGCACACAGUCAUCUUUGCAAAGACUGAUUACCCACAAAGAAAUGACGCGGACUUUCGUUCUAAGAGGUAUGGAGAUCACCACAAGUACGAUUCUCCUUUGCUAGCAUUGCCAAUAGAUAUGUUUGAACAAUUUCCUGUUGGAGAUUCUCUACAUAUUAUUGAUUUGGGUGUUAUAAAACGGUUAAUUGGUUGGAGGGAUGGAAAUUUAGGAAAUCUAAUUACAAAAUCGCCUGCAAGGAAAAUAGGAAAAGUCUUUUAA